AAUUAUUAUUUAUUAUUAUUUACUAUCAUUAUUUUAUUUCCAUAUAAUAUAUACUUAUUUCUCGAUUUCCCCUUUCUGUACCAUUCCCUGCAUUCACAUAUCGUUUACCUGUUGGUUAAUUAAGCUGUCCAUCAGUGAUUGAGUACACUGGAGUCUAAUUGGCUGUAUCUGAGGAUGCAGACCUACGAUUGGGUAGAGGGAAGUAAGCCCCGCCUUUUCACGUAGCUGUCGUCGAUGCGCAGCCACACACGAGCAGACGAGAGACAAGCAGAGAAAACUAGUAGAAGUCGUAAAACUAGUAUAACUGUAGAAACUGUGUUUAUAAAACUAUAUAAAGCAGUGGAAGUGGAAGUUGAAGGAAACGGAACCGAAGUGAGACCGAAUUGAUGAGCGUCGGGAGUUUUAUUAUUUUCGGCGGAGUCUUGGCUAGGUUUUUUGGAAUCCCUUGAAACCGUUGAGAGAUUGGAUCGAAUUCCCCUUGACGAAGGGGUGGCGAGCUAGUGAUGAAAACACCUCCUUAUCCCAAGGAGUGGAUCGGAUGACCUGUAUGAGAAGCAUCACCUCCCAUCAGGUGAACACGUGCUGAAGCGCACACGUGACCAUUGACUAACUUUUUGACUUACGACCUGACAUUUUGACUUGAAGUACAUUGAACCAAAGAACACUUGCAAGGAUUUUAUUUUGUUUUUAUUUUAUUUUUCCUUAUGGACAUUCCGCAGCCAUUUAUUGGUGUUUAAAAGAAAUUGUUUUGAAUUGUUCUAAUGUUACCGGAUAUUGAUUAUUAUUGAAAAUUGAAUGUUACUGAUUGCACUUGAAUCUAUUUUAUUAUUUUUCUAAAAGCCAAUACAAUUCAUCUAAACGUAAUCAGUGGCUCCAGUUGAUCAUUGUGUGUGUCCUUUUAUUCUUCCCUCCGUACGAACCUGGUAACUAGCCCACAUCUGAAUAUAUUCUAUUGCCCAUUGGGGUUACAAAACUUGGCGAGCUAGCCAGGAGGGAUUUAUUUGUGACAACUGCACAUUUGCAACCUUGACAAUUAAGGUGAACCACAUUUGAACAACUGGAGCAACCUAAGGUUAAUUUGACAUUCAUUUAAUUUGAGUUUCACUUUUAUUUUGGUGCAUUAUUCUUACAAAAUGGAAGUUGUGAAAUCACAAAAUGUUAAGGUUCUGAACGCUGUUUUAGUCAGUGGACUUACUCACAUCGAGACAGACAAUGAAGUUUUUGACUUCCUGAAACAGUUUGGUCCUGUAGCUAGGCUGAUUGAUGUGCCUUCAGUUGGUAGAGAAGUAACUGUUAUCGUUGAGUUCCAACAUGAGGCUACAGUCAAAGAGCUUGAGAAACUGUAUUUACCUCUUGACCGACCUUGCAUUGCACACCCAGAAGUUGUGCACCGUGUUCAAAGCCUAUCAAGUGUCUAUAGUAGUGAAGUAAGUUCCUCAGUAACCGAAACCUACCUGUCCGAGUUGAGGGAUUUAGCAAAAAGGAGUAGCAGGUCUUUUGAAGACAUUUUGCGGGUGGAGUUGGGUAGGAUCGGAGAGUCUGUGGGGAGGGAGGUCCCAGUAACUGUUGCUGAAACUCCUGUAGAACAAGAGCCAUUUCCCCUUACAGAUGACCCCCAAACCACACCACCUUUCUCCCCUGCUAGUGAACAUGUACUCCCAGUAAGUGUCACCCCUCAGCUUAGUGAGACUGGCCCAGAAACCUUUAAGACAAUUCAAACCUCCCAGAUCCCGUCCAACCUACUCAGCACGCCUGAGGUGCAACGUGUCAUUGUAGAGCACAUUGUAAAAAGCAGUGAGGUAGCAUCUCAUUCCAACUCUGCUUAUAGACUGAAGUCCUUCUCUGGGAGAGUUCCGCGCCCUGCUUUCGAAAUUGACUAUGAGGCAUGGCGCAACAGUGUGGAAUUCUGCUUGAAUGAUCCCACAAUUUCAGAAACCCAGACUGUAAGAAAAAUAGUUGAAAGUCUUUCACCUCCAGCCUCAAACAUCGUGAAAUCACUUGGUCCAAAAGCAACUUCUAAUGCUUAUCUCACACUGCUUGAUUCAGCCUAUUCCACAGUGGAGGAUGGUGAUGAGCUCUUUGCUCGCUUCUUGAACACCAACCAGAAUGUUGGUGAAAAAGCUUCUGACUACUUGCAGAGACUUCACACUGCUUUGAGCUUAGUUAUCAAAAGGAAAGGAAUUGCUUCGGGUGAGGCUAACAAGCACCUUCUCCGUCAAUUCUGUCGUGGUUGCUGGGAUAGCUCACUGAUAACCAAUCUCCAGCUUGAACAACGCAAAGGUGAGCCUCCAUCUUUCGCUGAACUCCUGCUUCUAGUACGUACUGAAGAGGAUAAGCAGUCAAAUAAAGCAACAAGGAUGAAACAACACCUUGGGAUCACUAAGACAAAAGCUCUUUCCCAUCUCCAGACCACCUGCAUGCCCAGCAUUGGCAGUCUUGAUCCUGUCUCAGAGGAUAUUUCCUCUGCUACUACUAACGACCUCAGAAAGCAGAUUGCAGAUCUUCAGGCUCAAGUAGCGCAACUCAAAGUUAACAGCACAGAGAAACAUGCAAAAAAGGCAUCAAAAGAAAUCAACAAAUGGCAAAAGACAAAGAGUGAACCAGAAACACAAGAACUCAAACAGAUCACAGCAAGGUUGCCAAAACCUUGGUAUUGUUUCAGAUGCGGUGAAGAUGCUCACAUUGCCUCUGCUUGCAGUAAUGACCCAAACCCAGCGUUAGUAGAGGCAAAGAAGAAAGCCCUAAGAGAGAAACAGCGUGUGUGGGAAAGCCAUCACAACACCCCUGAUUUAAACUAAUUGGAGCUUCUGUUGAAGGGCAAA